AUGGUCUACGAUGGCGGUGAUGUGGAAAGAUUUCCAGGGAUUGAGGCACUAGCGACGUUUCAGGCUGAAAACAUGGAAAGAGCGGCAAAUUUCUGGAAGCAAUACCUCGAUGGCUUGGACGCCUCCUUGUUUCCUGUUUUGCCGUCCGGCCUAACUUUGCCCCGUCCAAAUUCCCAGGCGCAGUAUCGCACAUCUUUUCCAACUCUUGCUCAACAGAAGUGGAAAAAUACAAUUGUUGUUCAAGCCGCACUCGGUGUACUUCUCUCGCGAUAUACAAACUCUUCCGAGGCACUAUUUGGCAUCAUGGUGGAGCGACCCCCCCUGUUCGAAGGGAAAGAGUGGCCAAUAGACGGUGCAACUCGAACUAUUGUGCCAAGUCGUAUAACUUGCCGUUUUGACCAGUCUGUGUCAGAUCUCAUGCAGACGAUCACCAUCCACGACUCCGCUAUGCGGGAGUUUGAGCAGAUUGGUAUUGACAAAAUCCGUCUUACUGAUAGUUUUGGGGAUACGGCUUGCGAAAUCCAAACUGUAUUGGUGGUUUCUGGGGAUCGAGAUGCGCCGAGCCCUCGGCUACAUGAGGUCGUCGCUGGAGAAUUGAACAGAUUUGUACCCUACACUAACUAUGCCCUCUUACUCAACUGUCACAUUGUCAACGGUUCAGCAUUGCUAAAUGCACGAUACGAUUCUCGUGUCGUCGACGAUGCCCAGAUGGCUCGUUUUCUGCGACAGCUCGGGUCCUUGAUCACUCAAUUUCAGAGUAACUCGACCAGCCUUCUCAUACGAGAGGUUGACACUACGACGCAGGAGGACCGAUUAGAAAUUGAGAAGUGGAAUUCAAAACGGCUUCGGACGACAGAAGUUUCCAUUGAUGAAGUUGUAUCAAAGAGAACUGCCCGUGCACCAGGUGCCAUCGCGGUGAAUGCCUGGGACGGGGAAUGGACAUACGCCGAGCUGGAAGCCUUAUCUUCUUCCCUCGGAAAGUAUCUUCAAAGUCUUAAUUUGGAUUCUGGGCACGUGAUACCCUUGUGCUUCGAAAAAUCCAAGUGGACAAUCGCUGCGAUGUUCGGUGUGCUCAAAGCCGGUUUGGCUUUCACACUUGUUGACCCUACCUUUCCUGCAGCUAGAAUUGCUCAAAUUUGUCGGCAGAUUUCCGCCACAGUUGCUCUUUCUUCGAAGCUUCACUUCGACACUAUGUCGACUCUUGUGUCUCAUCGGAUCAUAGUCGAUGAUACAUUUUUUCAGUCGCUAUCUGAAAACAUGAACGUAGCUACAGCUUGUUCGAAGCCACAAGAUUUGGCUUAUGUCAUUUUCACUUCGGGAAGCACGGGAGAUCCCAAAGGCAGUAUGAUUGAACAUAGAGGGUUUGCCUCUUGUGCACUGGAGUUUGGAAGCGCACUCGGAAUUGGCAGUCACACACGUGCACUUCAAUUUGCCUCCUACGCGUUCGGCGCAUGCCUUCUGGAAAUCAUAGCUACCCUCAUGCAUGGUGGUUGCGUUUGUGUUCCUUCCGAAGAAGAUCGCAUGAACAAUUUGCCCGGUUUUCUCAGAAUAAGUAAAGCCAAUUGGGCAAUACUCACACCUUCUCUGGCUCGAGGUAUUGAACCUGAAAGUGUCCCUGGACUAAGAACACUGGUAUUGGCGGGGGAACCAAUGACAGCAGACAUAAGAGAUAUCUGGGCUUCACGAGUUCAACUUAUCAACGGAUACGGCCAAAGUGAGAGUUCAACGAUCUGCAGUGCUACCAAAAUCAAUUUAUCCAUUGCUGAGCCAAACAGCAUCGGUCAUGCAGUAGGUGCCCGCUUCUGGAUAGCCGAGCCUGAAAAUACCAAUAAGCUUGCACCAAUCGGCGGUAUUGGCGAGCUGAUCAUCGAGAGUCCAGGAAUUGCGCGUGGAUACGUGAAUCCUCCACCACCAGAUGAGUCUCCCUUCCUCAUGACGGUUCCUCUUUGGUAUCGCCCACGACAUCCGCUUGAUACUUUCAAAUUUUACAGGACUGGAGACCUCGUCUGCUACAGAUCGGAUGGUACUGUUGUAUAUCUAGGGCGUAAAGACCUGCAGGUCAAGAUCCGAGGACAGCGAGUCGAGAUCGGUGACGUCGAAACCCACUUACGACAGCAGUUGCCAGAUCAUAUGAUACCCAUUGUAGAGGCUGUCAAGAUACCCAAUGCAUCUGAAAGCAGAGUUUUGAUUGCUUUUCUUGUAGGUGCAUUCAAAAAGGACGAAAAAAUACCUAAUGCUAUCUCGGCAGCGACUUCUUACAUCUUGAGCAGCAGUGAUGCAGCUCAUAUAUCAAGGAAGUUGCGAAAGGUUCUUGUUCCGUAUUCUAUUCCCUCUUACUAUAUUCGACUGCAUCGUUUGGUCACCACUGCUACUGGGAAAACAGAUCGAAGAAAGCUCCGGGCAAUGGGUAGCAGUCUGUUAACGGAGGAAAUAAAGAACAGAGCAUCUGAGAUGACAGCGAAAGCCAAUGAAACGACUGGUGUAAACCAUAAUCUACAACAGGUUUGGAUUGAAGGACUUGGUUUAGCACCUCACUCCAUCAUGCAGAAAGCAAAUUUCUUCGAACUUGGUGGAGAUUCAAUCAUAGCAAUCAAAAUGGCAAACAUAGCCAGAGGACUUGGCCUGGAGUUGAAAGUAGCGGAUAUUAUGCUGAAUCCAACAUUCGAAGACCUUGCUCACACUAUUAAU